AUGUCCCCAUCAAAUUACACCAAGUUACACCCCUCCUCUUUCCUCCUGCUGGGAGUUCCAGGCCUUGAAGAGAUGCACAUUUGGAUUGGGUUUCCCUUUUGUUCAGUAUACUUGAUUGCCCUUUUGGGGAACAUCACUAUCCUGUUUGUGAUCAAGAAUGAACACAGUCUUCAUCAGCCCAUGUUUUAUCUCCUGGCUAUGUUAGCCUCCAUUGAUCUGGGCCUCUCCACAUCUACUGUCCCCAAGAUGUUAGGCAUAUUCUGGUUUAGUUUAAAAGAGAUUAGCUUUGAGGGUUGUGUCACCCAGAUGUUCUUCAUUCAUAUAUUCACUGCUAUGGAGACUGUCGUCUUGGUUGCCAUGGCCUUUGAUCGCUAUGUUGCCAUCUGCAACCCUCUGCAGUACAGUCUGAUUCUCACUAACAGAACUCUUGGCCUCAUUUUUGUGGUGGUGGUUGGUGUCAAUUUCAUUUUGGUUAUCCCUCUGGUGUUUCUCAUCUUGAGGCUUCCCUUCUGUGGACAUCGUAUCAUCCCCCACACAUACUGUGAGCACAUGGGAAUUGCUCGGCUGGCCUGUGCCAAUAUAAAGGUAAACAAGAUAUUUGGAUUAAUUCUCAUAUCAAUGGUGUUUAUUGAUGUGGUUCUGAUUGUGAUCUCCUAUGUGAGAAUACUCCGAGCUGUCUUCUGCCUUCCGUCUCGGGAUGCCAGACUCAAGGCACUUAAUACGUGUGGUUCCCACAUCUGUGUUAUUCUAGCCUUCUUCACUCCAGCUUUUUUCUCCUUCAUGACCCACCGGUUUGGCAGGAAUGUCCCUGUAUACAUUCACAUUCUCCUGGCCAAUUUAUAUGUUGUUGUUCCACCGGCCCUUAAUCCUGUCAUCUAUGGAGUGAGGACUAAGCAGAUUAGAGGGCAAAUCUCAAGCAUCUUCUUGAAAAAAAGAUAG